AUGGAAAACUUCUUCCAGUUAGGAAAGCUACAAGAACAACUAACUUGCGCUGUUUGUCUGGAUAUUUACACCAAUCCCAGGACACUCUCUUGCCUUCACUCAUACUGUGAGGAGUGCCUCCAAGGACUCACCAUCUACCAACCACACUCCAUCACUUGCCCAAACUGUCGCUGUAGUACGAAAGUACCCACUCCUGGGGGCGUAACUAAAUUCCCGCCUGCCUUCCACCUCAACGGUCUCAGAGAUAUCUACAACACUCUUAAAAGGACUAGCCUCAGUGCUAGGAACGUCACUUGCGACAACUGUGGCUCGCCAAACGACAUUGGAUACUGUAGAAGCUGCAGAGGGUUUCUUUGCCCCGUCUGUAUAGAUGAUCAUGUUGGUUGUAGUGAGUUCUCAAGCCUACAGCAAUCACUGGCAUCUCUAGGAGGUGGCGGACUAACAUCGCUAAACCAGCUUCCAGAGAAUAAGGAUCUCUGUCGUCAACAUUCAGAGCCGCUAGAAACUUUUUGUAGAACCUGCAAUGAAGUCAUUUGUCUCCAAUGCAUUGUAAACGAUCACAGUGCUCAUGACACUGUUAAUCUAGUCGAUGGCUAUUUCGAGGAUUAUCCUCUACUGGAGUCCAGUUUAAAUACCAUAGGUCAAAUGAUUCCCUCUAUCAAUCACUCCCUGAUUGAUAUUGAUAAUCAAAUUGAGGAUGUCAGAGAGCAAGAUGAAAUCAUCAAAGCGGAAAUUCGUUUGAUGGUCGAAGAUUUGACGAAAGCUCUCCAGAAAUCGGCACGACUCUUAACCGCAGACGUAGAAAAAAUUACAGAGGCGAGAAUGGCAAGGCUAUUGGAACAAAAGAAAUUGGCCAAAUCGGCUUUAAAGCAGACGACACACAUCAAGUCGUACAUGGAUCAGUGCUUGCAAGUCGGCACAAUUCAACAGAUUGCUCUCAGUAAGAAGCAAAUGAUGGAGCGAAUGAAUGCACUAAAAGAUCAAAUAAAACUGGAGGAAUUCAUACCAAUACAAUACACGGCCGUCAAGUAA